AUGGCUGUCAGUCAAAAAUCUCAGGUGGAUCCGCACAAGGACCAAGAAACUUGCGUCGUUGACCAUGUCGACUAUCAAGAAGAACUCAAGCCCGUUGAUGAGAGAAGACAGCCCGACAAGUUUGGAUCCGUCGACAAGGUCGACCCUAAAGAAAUUGCUCUUGUGAAGAAGCUUGAUUUGUACCUCAUGCCAAUUCUAUGGGUCAUGUACUUUCUUAACUUCCUCGACCGAAACGCCAUUGUCAAUGGAAAACUCAACAAUCUUGAUAAGGAUCUCAAUAUGGUCGGCUCUCAAUACAACACUUGCGUCAGCAUCUUCUUUGUGGGAUACAUCACCGGGCAAAUUCCCUCCAACAUGCUCGUCACCCGCGUUAAGCCCGCCUGGUAUAUGUCAGGGUGGAUGAUGGCCUGGGCCGUUGUGUCGACUCUAAUAUGCAUUGUCAAAGACUAUCAUGGAAUGCUGGCUUGCAGGCUCAUCCUUGGGGUCACAGAAGCCCCCUUCUACUCCGGCGCCUGCUACAUGGUCAGCCUCUUCUACACCAGAAAAGAGACUGCAACCCGAUUGGCUGUGUUUUAUACAGGCAAUCUUCUUGCUAGCUCCUUCUCGGGUCUGAUCGCGGCCGGUGUCUUCGCUGGUCUUGACGGGAAACAUGGCCUCGCUGGUUGGAGAUGGCUGUUUUUGAUACAAGGAGUUGCCACUGUUGGCGUGGCAGUCGUUGCUUUAUUCCUACUUCCCAACGCUCCCCUCGAGACCCGAUGGCUUACGCCAGAGCAACGGCAGCUAGCCCACGAUCGAGUAGCCAAAGACACCACAGAAAAGCGUCAGGCAACAAGUACUUGGUCCGGUUUGUGGGAAGCCGCGACAGACUAUCGCACUUGGGUCUUUGCUCUGAUGGGCAACCUCCAUCUGUCCGCAAACGGUUUCAAGAAUUACAUGCCGACAGCGGUGAAGUCUCUCGGCUUCAAUACAACCAUCACGCUCGUACUCACAUGUCCGCCCUACUUGAUUGCCGGUGCAGCAUCUGUGUUAGUGUCCUGGUCUUCUGGGAGAUACAACGAGCGAACUUGGCAUAUUACCGUUUCUAAGAUUGUGGCGAGCAUCGGGUUCGCUCUCGCGACGAGCACGAUGAAUAUCGGUGCACGGUACUUCGCUAUGGUCCUGUUCGUUGGAGCUACGUACGGCGUGAACAACAUUAACGUUGCGUGGACGGCCGCUACUGUUGGCCAAACGGACGAGAAGAAGGCGGCAGCGAUUGCCAUGGUUAACACACUAGGCAACCUGUCAUUCGUGUAUACGCCCUAUCUCUGGCCCGACAGCGACAGCCCACUUUUCAGGAAGGCAAUGAUUGCGAGUAUUGGUUUUUCGAUGGGCGUCGUCAUGACGGCGUGGUUGAUGAAGUUCAUCUUGGUACGGAUGAACAGACAAAUAAGGACUACGCAGGAGGAGGCCACGAACUUCUACGCCUACUAG